UCAUCACGUCGCCGCUGUUUCAUGUUGGCGGGCGUAUUGCGGUUAAAUCUAAAUGUUUUACUUGCUUCAAUGAAAUAAAAACAUGAAAUAUGACAAACGGAGGUACACGAUAGUACCUUUAAAGGUUUGAAUGAUGGAUCAAAGCCGCAAACGGAGGUUAAAGAGCAGGAGAAGUGGACUCUCUCAGUGUAAAGUACCGAGAGCUGAAGAGCCCGAGGACUUGACUGAUGUAACUGACAUGAGAGGCUCAUCCAGGCGCUACACUAAGAUCAGAGCCUCCGGUCCUCAGUCUGACAGUGCCUGCCAAGAACAACAUGCUUCAUGUACCCAGACACCUGAAGAUGAUGCUGAAAAGGCCUUGGUCAUCUCCUUGGAUAAAGAGCAGAGUGGAACUCGACCGGUGGGCCGAAGGAAAGGUUCGAGGAGGAAGAGAGAAGCAGCAGGUGAAGUAGAAGAUCAGCAGGUUGUAGAUGAAGAUGAAAUCCAGCCAGAGGUGGAGAUCGACCGAGAUUUGGACAGAGACCUUGAAAAUAAAUCUCGACAGCAUAACUUGACCUCGGCAAAUGUUCGCAACAUUAUUCAUGAAGUUAUUACCAAUGAACACGUUGUGGCCAUGAUGAAGGCUGCCAUCAAUGAAACGGAACCUGUUCCUGUGUUUGAACCCAAGAUGACUCGCUCCAAACUGAAGGAGGUUGUGGAAAAAGGAGUUGUCAUUCCAGCAUGGAACAUUUCACCAAUUAAGAAGCCAAUUGAGAUGAAGAAGGGACCCCAGUUUGUCGAUAUUCCCUUAGAAGAUGAAGACUCCUCUGAUGAAGAGUAUCAGCCCGAUGAAGAGGAGGAAGACGAGACGGCCGAGGAGACUCUUCUGGAAAGUGAUUUGGAAAGCUCAGUAUCUUCUCCACGAGGCACUCGAGUGAAACUUCACAGAUCACACUCUGAACAUGAUGAGAGAUCCAGCGUUUCCAGAACGAGCCUUCGUAGAUCCAGGCACCUUACAGUGGCCGUCGCCCCAAUGGGACCCCCACCACCCCCUGCGACUCCGUCGGGAGCACCUGAGUGCAGCUUCCUUGAGAAACUUCAUGCUGUGGAUGAGGAGCUGGCCAUUGGCACUGACUGCACAGAGUCAUAUCAGAAUCUUAGCAGCAGUAAUGGAGAUGAGAGUCUCAUUUCGUUUCGAACGCGAUCAAAACGCCCUCUGAGGGAUGUCCCACUAGGGCGUCUGGAGGCGGAGUUACGUGCUCCUGACAUCACUCCCGACAUGUACAAGUCAGGCUCCGCCCCUGAGGAUCGGGAAUGGUCGCAGUGGCUGCAAGGCCUCAUGACUUCAGAGGAGAAUGAAGAGGAGGGUGAUGAUGAAGAUGACCCAGAGUAUAAUUUCCUGGCUGACACUGACGAGCCAGAUGACGAGGACUACAGAAAUGACAAGGCAGUGCGUAUCACCAAGAAAGAAGUCAAUGAUUUGAUGGAGGAGCUGUUUGAUGCAUUUCAGGAUGAAUCGCUUGGUCAGGAUGAAGACGGGCAUGAGGAAGAAGAGGAAAAAGAGGAAGAGGAGAACCCUGCGCAGGAGGCGCCUGCCCUUCUGGAGAACAUUCAAUGUGUCGAGGACCCACUGGCAGAUGUCUUGAAGCAGCGUUAUCGAACAGUCCGAGAACAGCUGGUGGCACUGAGGAAAAGUAAGGCUCUGCUGGAAAGUAAAGGUGUGCCUGUUCCCCCACCUUGCCCUCAGAAUCCCUCCAGCACCUUAACUCCCAUGAUCCUCAGCGCAGCUCAGAAACUCCAGCUACAGCAGCACAUCCAGCAGCACGUGCAGCUUCUCACACAGGUGAACAUGUUGAGCAGCUCAGUCAAAGGCUUGGAGAUCGAGGCUUCAACAUGCAAACAGUUUUUGUUGGAGCUGCAAAUGUUUGCUCAGCAAAGCGAACAAAUGCGUGGUCAAGUGGAGUCCGGCUUCACCAGCAUCUUCAGAGUCUGUAACCUUCAGGGUGCUCUUUCCCUGCUGGAGGAACUAACACAGUCACAGAGAGAAGAUGCCACACUUUCCAGUCAACGCUUUCCUGGAUCUCAGUUUCCGGCUCAUUUGGCCUGGUUGAUGGUGACCCGACCGGUGUUUCUCUACCCAGAGCUGCUUCCUGUCAUCCAGCUGCACCCCUCUCGAUUCAAAGUCCCUUUCACCUCAACGGAAGACUGUCUUGUGGUUCUAGGUCAUAAACACAUGAGAAAUACUCUGCACCCGCUGCAGAUGAUGUGCCGCUAUCUGCUGGCCGCUAGGAGCUUUGUUUGUGUAAAGUCGCACAUCCAAUACGCAUGUCAAAAGCCCUUUCAUAAUGUCAUCAAGACAUAUUUUGUGACAGGAGAAUGUCCCCCGAUGCCUUUGGCCUGUAAAAGAGUCAGUCCUUGUGACCAGCGCCCACCGGUGGAGAGAGAACAGAGCCUCAUACCUGAUUGGCUCUUGAAAAACCUUAAGCUCAUUUAUGAGCCCAUACGGAUAUUUAACAAACCCCCUGGUGACUCCCAAACUGCUGAUCCGACAGAAGAAACCAAUGAGAGUCCAGAUCAACAUUGCAGCUUCCCUCCCGGCACGUGUUACCCUCCUGACCUACCCGAAGACCUGGCCGAGACCCUUAAACAUCAAGCUUCCUGCAGAAGGAAAAAGGACAAACCUUCCAAACCUGCCCUGUCAGCUGAGGAGCUGGAAGUUGUCAGUCAUGCGCCAGCCAUUUGUCCAAAGCCUUCUGCGGUCGCAAGUCCAUCGCUUUCCAACCCUCCUCAUCUCCCACAGCGUAUGAAUCCUUGUGUAUCUGGAAUCGGAGCUCUGAAUUGUCUAUCAAAGGUAUCUCCAGUGGAACAAAAUCAAGGAGUACCUACACAAACUCGCUCUUCAGUCACUGAAUUGAUGUCUUUAGAGACCGUUCCUCUUCAAAAUGCUCUAGGGGCACCAAUGGCCUCCUCCGGUGCUCCAAAGGUGGCUCAGAUUGGUUCGACCCAGGGGAAAGUGGUCAUUUCUUUACCACCUGCUGUUGUGACACCUCAGCUGAGUUCUCAUCCUGGACCAGUGGUUGCAGCAUCUGUUGCACCAAACCAAGGUGGACUCAUCCUCACUCUUCCUUCCCCUCCAGUCCACAGCGCUUUUAUUUGUCCCACCCCCAUCAUAAAGACAUCAGCAUUGGGUAAAGGACACGUUAGUCAGCACCAUGGCACCCUGCUUAAACUUACACCAAAUCAGUACCAAAUAUCUCAAAAACCUCUCAGUCAGAUUCUUCUCUUACCUCCCGGUUAUGUGUUUGCAAGCAACAGCCAAAUGGCUAAACCUCGACAAAUCUUUAAAAGAGUCUUGGCUCCAAAAAGAACAACGAUGAGACAGAACAGAAAGAAAACAACCUCAGACAUUGUAAACACCACGAGGGAGCCACAGGGUGGUCCAGGGGGUGGUCCAACCUCCGUUGAAGAGACUGUAAUCGACUGCCGAGAGGAAAAAACUGCAGAGGAAGAACUCGCUUGCGAUGGUGUCGCGAUGGAAAAUGAGGUGGAAGAGUGUGAUGAGAGAGACGUCAGAGACCUGUCUCUCACGCUUUCUGAAUCCUCAGGCAGCCCGACGCCAAGCAUAGAAGAUGGCAACAACGCGGAGAUGGUUUUGGAUGGGGAAGUGAUGGAUGAAGAGAAACAAGAGGAGCAGAAGGUAAAAGAAAAGAAAGACCCUUGUAAACAAACAUGGGAGGAAUCAGGUGAAGACAACAGUGAUUCAGAAGUUGUGCUUGAUCCAGAGCUUCAGGAAACCGUGGAGAAGUUGGAGCAGCUGGCCACAAAGACACAAUCGGAAAACAAAGGAAAUUCAGAUGGGAAAUCAAGCCAUCAAACUUUAGGUGAGCACCGUGAUCACGCGGUUGUGGAAACGCCUUCCGUCCUUUACAGUGACACACAGGAUGACGAUCCCCACAGAGAUGCUAAAGAUGUUGCCUUUGCUCAAGCUUACCUGCAAAAGGUAUAUGAGGUGCUUCAGGUGGUUCCAGACAAGUUAGAUGAGUUCUCGAGGGUCCUGUCUGAGUUUGAGAAAGACCCAGAGAGACGUACAUCGCUAGAGUUGCUGAGGCGACUCAAACCUGUGCUGAUGGAGUGGCCUGAACUGCUUCGAGAUUUCGCUGCCUUCUUGCAUCCGGAUCAAGCCGAAGAGUGUGGCCUGCUGGCAGAGCAGCAGGCGUUUGAGCAGAGUAGACGGUUUCUACGCCAACUGGAGCGUACGUUUGGAGAGCAGUCAGCUCUUUACAGAAAUGUUGUGUGCAUUCUACAAGGGGAUCCAUCAUUUCUUGUUAGCUCCAAAGAGAUUAAGAAUCAAAUCAAGUCACUCUUCUGUGAUCACACUGACAUGCUGGAGGAAUUCUGGGUAUUUUUUAAGCAUCUUCAUCCAAAGCUGCACUGGUGCUCUGAUGAGGAUGAGGAUGAUGCAGACAAUGUGUCCAGUGUGGAAGGAUGUCAGCCAGUCAUAACUUACUCACCAGAUAAAAACACUGCCAAGAAACACCGGAAAAAGAGAGACAAACAUGCCAAGACAAAAGAUAUAAGAAAGCACAAUGCAAAGAAUACUGUCUGCACAGAGUUUGAAAAUAAGGUAGAUGAAGAUUCUUCAGUCGACAUCAAGCAAGGGACCACAGAAACCUCAUUCUGUGCUGAGAACAGCUCUCAUACACCAAAUGGGAGAAAAGUGGUUCUCUGGACAAGGGAGGCAGACCGUGUAAUACUAACCACCUGUCAGCAUAGAGGAGCCAAGAUGGCCACCUUUCGUGUCAUUGCGGGCCAGCUGGGUAACAAAACAGCCACUGAGGUUUUGGAACGCUUUCAAGACCUCAUGAAGUUGUUCCACAGAUCAAGCAAGUUACGUCACACAGACACGUCAGACACGGAGGAUCGUCCCAGUACAAUAGAAGAUGAGCCAGACUAAUAUA